AUGGCUACCAUAACGCAAGACCUGGUGGAAAACUUCGAGAGCAGGCUUUUCGCUUAUCGCAAACUGCGCUUCAAGGCGACUGCCCGAGUCGAUAUAGCUCGCCUUGAGUUCGAGAAAAGCUUCAAGAACCGGAUGGAUAACCACCGACAUGUCCGUCGACUGGAACGGAUUAUGGAGAUUCAGGGAUGCCAGCGUCUGAUGAAAACCUGCCAUGUCCCAGUUCUAGUGCCAGCAUCCGACUGGGAUCACUGUGUGCGACUACGGCAAUUCGAUGGUGGUAUCGACUGGUUGGACGUGGAUGUCGACUAUAAGCUUCGCGCUCAGGAUCAUGAAAAUCUCAUAUCAGCCGCACGCAAAAGACUUGGAUCUAAUCAGUGGUGGCUGGUUGAUGUCUACGUGGUAGAGCAAGCUGACCGUGGGCAGUCCGAUCAUAAAAAUUUUGUGCGCUCUCUCCGUGAGCACUUUCCAAAUGAUCGUCGACCUUCAGAUGGUUUGAUCUACGAACGAAUUCGACGUUACGAAGGAUUCAUAGGCGACUCAGUCGAUCGACUAGCCGCAAACAACUGGUGGGCCAUUCUCGAGACGAAACCGGGAAGUAAAAAGGGAAGCUAUCUACGAGCUUUUUUCAAGCAUCCCACACUUCCCCAGAAGCUGGAUUCGCUACUUAUAAUAGAGGGGAUCUGGGAAGGGAUGAAGAUUGGCUUGCUUCAUAAAGUAGUAGCGAUGCGAUGCGACGAGGCAAUUAUGUGCUACUGGACUCUCAUCUUUCAGACAUUUCUGACUCUUGUUGGAGGGAAUGCUGAGCUGCUAGGUCUGAUUGACGGCUUUACCGUGAGCCUGAUUCAAUCUCGAGCGCCAAAGGUCUCUCAGGGCGACCUAAACUUUCUGACGCAAAAAUGGGAAAAUGGGGACCUCUUUCCGUAUAUUCCAACUGAGCAGCGUCAGGAGGUCUGGGAGCGACUGAAAGAUAUCGACUAUCCUGUUCCGACCCUGGAGACGUUCUUCAGAGACCGAAUUUACCUGGAGGUUGGGCGGAGCGUAAUGCGUCAGCUGUUUCUUCCCGACCCUUCACGGAGGGUCACCAUCGAUGAAGGUGUCUGUGAACAGUUCGACACCCACGUCCCAGUCCUGAUACCACACCGGCAUGAAAUGCUCAAGGCAGAACUUUGGGAGCUCUGGCGCUUUAGUUUUCAGUACGGAUUUGAGAUGACGGAACAUCAACGCCGCGUAUCACGAGGCAAUCAUAGCAUACCGCCAAGGAUUUCUAGCGAAACUCAUGAUCUUGAACAAUCGCUUCUUUGGCAGCAUUUCUUCUGGCUUGCCGCUCAAAAGGGGUUUCGAACUCCUCUUGGUCAAGGAUCCCGUCCACCGCCAAGUGAUCUACCGACGCCCACAUCAUAUGAAGACGGUAAGGAGAUCCCGAUCGAUUCGCGCUUUCAGCCGCUUUCAGCAGAAUCAUUGCAGCGCCCUUGGUCAACGCCAAAAGUCACGGCAGGGUUUUUCCAUAGGUCAGUCUUCUUUGCCUUCUUCCGAUACCUAAUAGCGACUGGUGAUGGACAAACUCUCGGUCGGCGGGAAAGUGGUGGCUUACCCGCGGCCGAACUCAUGGAAGGGGUCGACGUGGAACCAGUCCAAACUCCUUCGGCAACCAUUCCCGAACCUACCAUGCCGCCCGAACCCUAUCAGCCCUCGCAUCUUCCUGCACAGCAGUUUCGGCAAGAAAGGGAGGCAACUUUUCCACACGUGCAACAGCCAACCAUUUUCAUGAUGGACGUAUUCUUGGAUGGCAAUACACAGACUCUGGGACUACCGAACGACAGCACCGUUUUGAAUGAAUUCUUCCGAAGCCUGGAAGAGAAUUACUUUCACAUAUCGAAUCCGGGAGACAAUGGAAAAGGUUUGAGUGCGAGCGAUUGCUACUAUCACUAUAUCCAAAACCCCCUUUCUCGACUCCAUGCGAGCUUCCGAACAAAACAGUCUUUCGUACAACACAUUAACUAUACACUGGGGGAAUCGGAGGGAACUGAAUUAGGGUUGGAAACGGCAGAGCUGGAGCAGGCCAGAGAGUGGUUGAAUAGGGCGAAGAUUAUCUUGGCCGAAUUGAAUCCUGCAUCCCCGGGGCUCUAA